AUGACAUAGUAAGAAUUUGAGCUUUAAGAUAACUUUUUAAAUAAAGAUACAGAAAAAAAUGAAUUAAGUAGUAACCAGAAUUAAAUUUUAAAUGAAGAAGUGGAAUAUUAAAUAGGGAAAUAAAAAGUUUUUAGAUUAAGUAUUGCAUUUAUGACUCUUUUUAUAGCUUAUGGAUCAUGUACUAGUCUUAUUUCUGGUCUUUAUAAAACUUUAAAUUUCACAAACUUAGGAUUAAUGUCGCUUUUUUCAACUUACUUCACUUUUGCAUUUGCUUCAUUUGUAGCAAAAGGAAUUAUAUAAAAAUUUUCUUUCAGAGUUGUCUUUACAAUUAGUAAUUUAGGAUACACAGCUUGCAUAGCAGCAGGAAUUUGGGUUUUUUUAUGCGAAGGAUCUGAAUAAUAGGGAGUAUGUUCAAUUGAAGCAAUCUACUCUAUAGUGAACUUUACAGCAGCAUUAUGCGGAGUUUGUGCAUCCACUCUUUGGGUAGCUCAAGGUGGAUAUGUGGAUAUAAUAUCAAGUUCAUGUCCUAGCAAAAGAGGAGUUUUGAUUGGUUAAUUUUUUAGUUUUAUGUCUGCAAGUAAUAUCAUAGGAUAUAUCCUUGCAUCUAUCCUCUUAAAUUUUUUUGGUAAUAUGAGUUACUUCAUUCUAAAUUCAAUUCUAUCUUUAGUAUCAGCUUACAUGAUGUAUGUUUUACCUGAGCCAUACUCACCAAAUUGCUAAAUUUAAAAUCAGAUGAGAAAUUAGUAGUAAAUUAAACCUUUAAUAGAACAAAUUCAAGAAGUCUUGGUGCUUUUAAAAGAUAUUAAGGCUUUAUAUGUGAUUCCAUAUUAUUGGUUAUAGGGUGUUGUUUUAGGUUGCUAUGCCUCAUAUAUUUUUGUAGUAGUAAAAUAUUCACUAAAUGAAGAGCAGGCUUAAUAUGCCCCAUAAUAUGUUUCUUAUGUUGUUAUUUUCUUAGGCUUAUCAGGUGUCAUUUGUGGAAUAGUUGUAGGCAAAUUAGCAGAUAAGUAUAACUUAUUGAUAUUAGCUAUAGGUGCAACUUUAUUGGUAGCCACUGCAGUUCUUUUUUCUUUAUUGGGAUUAGUAGUUAAAGAAUAUGCUUUGUGCUUUUUGAUAGCUAUUUUAUGGGGCAGCUGUGAUAGUACUAAUGCUAGUCUUUCUGUAAUAAUUGCAUCAAAAGAUUUUCCUGGUUAAUUGCAAAUGUUUUCACUUUAAAAGCUAUCCAAUAGUUUAGGUUGUUCUUUUGCUUUGAUAAUGGGGAUUCUAUUGUAAAAUUAUCCUCCUUAUUCAAUCUUAUUUGUAGUCUUUAUCUUCCAAAUAAUAUCAACUAUUUGUUUAGCCGUUCUCUUAUCACUAAAAUCUGCUGAGAAUAAAGCAUGA